CCCCUCCCUCUCUUCCCGCUGCGGACGCGCUGGCCGGCUCCCCCGCGCAGGCUUCCCUGGUUAAGAUGGCGUCCCCCGUGGCAGCGCAGGCCCGGAAACUUCUGCGAGACCUGGCGCUCCGGCCCCGGCUCCUGGCGACCAGGUCUCAGCCAGUGCAAUUAACCUCCAGACGAUGGCUGAACCUGCAAGAAUACCAGAGCAAGAAACUGAUGUCUGACAACGGAGUGAAAGUUCAAAGAUUCUUUGUGGCAGACACUGCGAAUGAAGCUCUGGAGGCCGCUAAGAGACUAAAUGCAAAAGAAAUGGUUUUAAAAGCCCAGAUCUUAGCUGGAGGAAGAGGAAAAGGUGUCUUCAGUAGUGGUUUGAAAGGAGGCGUUCAUUUGACGAAAGACCCUAAAGUUGUGGGACAGCUGGCUAAACAGAUGAUUGGGUAUAAUCUAGCAACAAAACAAACUCCAAAAGAAGGUGUGAAAGUUAACAAGGUGAUGGUUGCUGAAGCCUUGAACAUUUCCAGAGAAACCUACUUCGCGAUUCUGAUGGACCGGGCCUGCAAUGGCCCUGUCCUGGUGGGCAGCCCCCAAGGGGGCGUUGACAUUGAAGAGGUGGCAGCGUCAAGCCCAGAACUCAUUUUUAAGGAGCAAAUUGACAUUAUCGAAGGGAUAAAGGACAGCCAAGCUCAGCGGAUGGCAGAAAAUCUAGGCUUCCUUGGGCCUUUGAAAAACCAGGCUGCAGAGCAAAUUAAGAAGCUGUAUAAUCUCUUCCUGAAAAUUGAUGCUACUCAGGUGGAAGUGAACCCCUUUGGUGAAACUCCAGAAGGACAAGUUGUCUGUUUUGAUGCCAAGAUAAACUUUGAUGAUAAUGCGGAAUUCCGACAGAAGGACAUAUUUGCUAUGGACGAUGGAUCAGAGAAUGAGCCCAUUGAAAACGAAGCUGCCAGAUAUGAUCUAAAGUACAUAGGGCUGGAUGGGAACAUUGCCUGCUUCGUGAAUGGUGCUGGACUCGCCAUGGCUACUUGUGAUAUCAUCUUCCUGAAUGGUGGCAAGCCAGCCAACUUCUUGGAUCUUGGUGGUGGUGUAAAGGAAUCUCAAGUAUAUCAAGCCUUCAAAUUGCUCACAGCUGACCCUAAGGUUGAAGCCAUCCUCGUCAAUAUUUUUGGUGGAAUCGUCAACUGUGCCAUCAUUGCCAAUGGGAUCACCAAAGCCUGCCGGGAGCUGGAACUUAAGGUGCCCCUGGUGGUCCGGCUUGAAGGAACCAAUGUCCAUGAGGCCCAGAACAUACUCAGUAACAGCGGGCUCCCAAUUACCUCCGCCGCCGACCUGGAGGAUGCAGCCAAGAAGGCUGUGGCUAGCGUGGCCAGGAAGUGACGGCUCUGUCCUCGUCCCUUGGAGGAGGAAGUCCAUUUCACCAUAAAAAGGGAUGGUUCUCUCUUCACUGUGAAAGACGUGGUUAUCUCAUUGGGAAAACAUGGGGAGGGCAUGAGCAAGAAUCAUUGUAUGAAAAAUCUUAAAUCUGAAGCUUGUGGAAUAAGAUAUCUAGAUAUCCUAAAUAAUCUGAUUUUACUUAUAAUCUAUAUUAAAUCACUGCCCCCUGUUCUCAUACUUUUCUGUCAUGGUGAGCCUGCUCAGUAGAUGUUGUGUUGCUGAUUUGGGGGAGCAGUCUAUGUGACCAAACGAUGUGCAUAUAUGUAGAAUUUGAGGCCAGGCCCUCAUUCGUUUACAGCAAUUUUGGUGGACAUUUAAUCCUGCAUAAUUAAAAACAAAAAUCACAGGUCAUGAAAAACUCAGACAAGACUGCAUUUAACAGAUGAACUAUCAAAAAGGUGCAGCUAAGACAUUGAAACAAAUAGCUGUUACACCCUGCAACAGUUUUUACAAGUUUCUAAUUCUAGCACAUGUUUGGAAAAUCCAUGAAUAUUCUAAAAUAUAUUUUACAUUGGAAGGUCCACACUAAUAUCCCAUACAUGUAUUCUACCAUUUGCCUUAAUGUUGAAUAUACUGUUUACCUCACAGGAAAAAUGAAGCCAGAAGCCUUAUUUGUGAUUUUUUGAGUAGAAGAUUUCAUUUUAAUGGGAACACUGGAGAAAGGUGAUUCUUAUGGAAAUCCCUGUAAUUAAGACAUUCCAAGAAGACACAUCACUGAAUAUUAAAUUAUGUUUUGAGUGUCAGUAUCCUUUCUUCCCUCCCUUUCCCCCCCACCCCCCGAAUCUACCAGCUGGGAAAUGUAAUUAAGAGAAUGUAGCUUUUUUCCAUAAAUGUCCGUUGGGGUAAGGGAUUUCAAUUAUGUUUAUGUUGAUGUUUUGGUAAAUUUUUAUUUGUAUACAAAUUUAAAUAAAAUCUUAUAUUUUGUAAGCUCUAA